GCCGCCGCCGGCCCGCCACCACUACUGCCGGCCCGCCGCCGCGGCGCGCCCAGCCGGCCGAAGCCUCCGCCGCCCCGCCGCCGGCACAGGAGCCCAGCAGCGCCUUCCUCCGUCGAGCAGGGCCACCCUCCCUGGAGCAGCCGCUCCCGCGCGGACCUACGCCGGCGACCAGUCCAUAGGCAGGAUUUAGUGUGUUGCUGUUAAUAGGGAAGUUUUCCUCUCAAGAGAGGAAGAGAUAAGUGAUCUUAUCAAUAAACCUGAACCAGGGACAUUAAUGCACGCUGAGCUUCCUGCUCAUCUUUUGUGCAUUUUAACCACCAUUCAUUUCUGAUGAAGUUAAGAGGAUCGAGAGUAAAGCAGGCCGACUCUGGUUCACCAGGUGAGAGGGACCUAUGCUUUUAUUCUAAGUCAUUCGAUGGAAAGAGGCACACCACAGAACAUUGCAAUAAUGAUGUUUCAUUUUCUGAGCUUGAAGGGACCUUCAGUGUGCCUGUUAGGAAGAAAAGAGGGACAAGAGCACCUCCAUCUUCUAGAUGUUUACGUGGUAAAAAGGAUGAUAAUGUCAUGAGCAGUGACGACGCUAUUACAGAAGAAGGCCAUGCUGCCUCUCCUUCAAGCAGGAAGGCAAAAGAACAAGAUCACGGAGAGAUAGCUGUUGGAAGCUCAGCUGAUCCCACAGGCCAGAGUAUCUCUGUAAAUGAAGCACGUGAAAACUCGAGGGCAUUGAAAAAUACUUCUAAUGUGCAAACAACUGCUGUUAAGAAGACUACUGCUGAGGAUAAAACUUCUCGAGCUAUCAUGGAUGAUGUUUUUAAUGCAGAAACGGAUUCCACGUCUUCAGAUGAUGAGAGUACCGAAGAAGUUGAGGAUGUGAAAGUUUGUGACAUAUGUGGAGAUGUUGGUGAUGAGGUGAAGCUUGCUGUUUGCAAUAGAUGCAACGAUGGUGCUGAGCAUACUUAUUGUAUGCGGGUAAUGAUGGAAAAGGUUCCGGAUGGUGAUUGGUUUUGUGAAGAGUGCCAAACUGAAGUAGAAUUUGAAAAGGAGAAGUUAGAAAAACCUCAGGUGAAGCUUGUCACUUCAAAGGAAGAAUCUGUUCAAGGGAAAAUUAGUAAACCUUUCAAUGAUGCAAACAGCAGAAGUCCUUGUGAGAAUGAAGUGGAGGAUGAAACUGUUGGCAGAAAAGAACGGAAUGAAGCAAAUCAAGGCAUUGAUAUGGUUGAAGAUGCAAAGAUUCCGCCUGUGGCUAAACAAAAUAUUCCUGAACCUGGUGGUUUAUCAAUGGAGUCUUACUCCAGAAAAGGAAUACCUCUGCUACGCGAGAGCUCAUUCAGGUUGGAUAUGGAGAAAGGAAAGCAACCUACUCCCCAAGUGCCAACCUUACUGGGGUCUAAUGCUAGCAAGAAUCAGGCACCACCACUUACUGGUCAACUCUCCAAGUCCACUUCUUUCAACAACUCUAAGGUGCCCAAGGUGAAGCAACUAGUGAAUGAAGUUCCUCAGAAGACCAAAACUUUGAAAGAUCAGUUGUCCUGUAGUAUGAGAAAAGAGGGGCCAACGAGCUUUUCAACCAAGUCAGCAUCAUUCAAAAAGCCCAAAACUUGUGAGCCAGCAAAUAAGGCAAAGUCUUCCAUCAUACCACCUGCUGAGGAGCUAAGUGUGAUGAAUUUACCAGUGAGCCGAAAUGUAAGUAAUGAUAGAGGCACUUCUAUAUUAGGAUGCCCCUCAAUUACUGGACCACUGGCUUUUCCAGUUCAAUCAAAAGCCGAAUCUGCAGCUCAGCGCCUCACUACAGGAAAUAACAUGUCUGGCACUAGCAAUUCAGGCCAUUUUACUCAAUUUUGUGGUGUUGAUAAAUUAGGUUUGUCUGCAAUGAAACCUCUGAGUGAGCGAAACUUGAAGGAUGCCUCUGCCAAAAAGAAUAAAACGUCUGAAGCUACUGAGAAAGCUACUUCCAGAUCAGCAGAUCAAUCUGAUCGCAUCCUCAAAUGUGGUCCUUAUCAUGACACAGUAUACAGGCCUAAAGAUACGUCAUCUGGAAGAUCUGUUCCCAGCAGUUCUACCAUAUCAAGUGAUCUGAUGGACAAAUCGAGUCGAUGCUUUUCACCUGUUGAUAACACAAUAGUUUCAACCGUUCCAGAGUUGGAUUAUAUUUGGCAGGGUGAUUUUGAGCUGUGGAGGACUGGACGAUCACCUGAGCUAUGUGAUGGUUUUCAAGCUCACUUAUCAUGUUCUGCUUCACCAAAAGUGCUGGAAGUAGCAAAGAAAUUCCCUUCCAGAGUCCAGCUUGAAGAACUACCCCGUCGAAACUCAUGGCCCACGCAGUUUCAACAAAAUGGGCCCACAUAUGAGAAUAUUGGUGUUUUCUUCUUUGCUAGAGAUGCUCAGAGCUAUGAACAUCAUUACAGUAAAUUGGUUCAGAAUAUGCUAAUCAAUGAUUUGGCACUCAGAGGAAAUAUCGAAACAGCCGAAUUAAUUAUAUUCCCUUCUAACAUCCUAUCAAAGAACUCUCAAAGGUGGAACAUGUUUUAUUUUCUAUGGGGUGUAUUUAAAGUGAAAAGAGGAGAUCACUGGAACCUUCCACUUGAUGUACCAAUAAGUAAAUGUGAACCUAAUUUGAACGAGGAUCCCAUGACCGUGGAUCCGCAUACCUCUGUUUUGUCAUCAAGCCGUUCAUCGUCUGAAGACCAAAAUAAUGGCACUGAUCCAGCCUGCUAUUUGGUUAAGCCAGCUACUUCUGCAGACCAUCAAUGUCUGCAAACUUCGGAAGCUAAUCGUCAGGGAUGUUCAAAUGGAGAUAACUCCACUGCUCCGGCAGGAAAACACAAGAUAAUUGCAUAUCCAGACUCUCAAAAGAAAAUGUGCGAUGGUGGCAAUGUUGUCGAACCCAUUUUUGAUGUAAAUACGAUGCCAGUUACUUGCUCUAUCUCAUCAAUCGGCAAACAAGAUAAUCAGAACAGAGCCAUCAACCUUAACAAUGCAGAGAGCCUGAUGGAUGUAGAUCAUGCAAAUAGUAUUGAUCUGAACUCAGGUACAGUGGAUCUUGUUUCACAUGCAUCACGUAGUGCACAAAAAAGAAAUGUGGACAUGGCAAACUGGAUUGACGGAGCCAAUGGAUCAGUGGACAAGAAAAUUAAAUUGGAUAAUGUAUCGUCCACUGUGGAGUCUAGUUUAAGUGGGAAGAUCAGAGAUGGAAGGUUGUCAUCCAAGGUACACCCUCUAGCAGCUUUACCUGUUCAUGAUUGCACUGACAAUAAGACCAUGCCAGGAAUCUCGAAGAGUAAUGGAAAGUGCACAUUUCCGCUAGAUCUAAAUGUGGUGGAUGAUGCAGAUAUAGACAUGGAGGAUGAUGCAGCGACUGGAAAUAGCAUAACCGUCCUGUCUGAAGAUUUACCUGAACAGAACACACAAGAUCUUAAGCCAGCACUGGGGGACAACAUAUCUUCUAGAAAGCCCAUGGUUGAAGAAAAGUUGAAUAAAGGAGAUACACCGCCUACUGAUAUGUCAGGCGCGCUCUCCCUCUCCCUUGCUUUUCCAGUAUCAAAGGAACAAUAGGCUGGUAAAAUGCAACCGGAAUCGCAAAGAAGCCUCAGUUAAUUGAGCAGUAGGAAUAAAUCAUUUUUGAUUAUCCAGUGAUGAUGGCUCCAUGCGUUUGCAUUCCUGAUGGUCUUGCGUGAUGGAUCUUUGUAGCAUCAACCCACUGCACAAGGAGUCUGCCGAAGACGCAACUAUCUUGCCAAUGUGCAAACAGAUGGCAUCUUUUAGAGUGCGUUUUGACGACUUUAUAUGCUCCCGGCGGCACACCCAUCUUGAGUAUUGAACUGCAAAGAACUUGAGAAUAUGGAUCAUGGCUUGUUUUGGUACAUAUAAAAUAUAUUCAGCUGCUCUUCCAAAUAUCGUUUGAGAUUUGAGCAGAGCUUUUAGACUCUGCAUUUGAAGUACCAUCCAGUCUGCAUUUUAAAUAAAUCUCAUGUUAGUUUUUGUCUUUAGUCUACAACCGUGCGAACUUAGAUGCAUAUACUGUGGAGGAAUGGUGGUGUACACGCCUAAAAUUGGCGUAUAAAUGUUACCUUUUUUGUUGCCUUAAAAUUGCUACUGGGAUGUUUAAAUAUACUGAUGAAAUCACCAUUUGAGGCUUUGA